AUGCACGGCCAAAGGGGCCACAUCUCAGACUGGCACACAGGACAAAUCUUGCUCCCCUCCUCACAUCCAUGCGCGCUUGCAGCACAUCCGGCCUCGUUCCUCCCCGCCGCUGCGGCCUCUCCCCUGUGUCCUUUCGACCACUCCUGCAUCUUCUCUCCAUCUUUGCGCGGGUCCCGGCGCUACAGUGGAGGCUUCCACUACGGUGGGCAGUCGGGCGAAUCCAUCUUCGCGCUCGGCACCAGCCCGGCGGGCAAGUCGGGCGUCGCCGUCGUGCGCAUCUCGGGUGAGCGCGCCGGCGCAGCCGUUCGCCAGCUGACGCGUGCGCAAGAGCUGCCACCACCCCGCCUGGCCUCCCUGCGCAAGCUCUAUCACCGUGACGAGCUGCUCGACGAGGGCCUCGUCCUCUGGUUUCCAGGGCCGCGAAGCUUUACUGGAGAGGACAUGGCCGAACUGCACAUUCACGGCAGUCAUGCUGCCAUCACGGCCGUGCUCAACGCCCUCGGCAAGCUGCCCGGCAUGCGGUCAGCCGAGCCCGGAGAGUUCACCAAGCGAGCGUUCCAGAACGGGAAGAUGGAUCUGACCGAGGCCGAAGGCCUGGCCGACCUCAUCGACGCCGAGACCGAGGCACAGAGGAAGCAGGCCUUGCGCCAGAUGGGGGGUGCGCUGGGACGUCUUUGCAAUGAGUGGCGCGAGGAGCUGAUCAAGUGCAUCGCCCACGUCGAGGCCGUCAUCGACUUUGGAGAGGAUGAACACAUCGACCAUGAAGUCGCUGCUGCAGUGCAACCACGAAUCAAACGGCUGCACGACAUGAUCGCCCUCCACCUAAGCGACUCGCACAGAGGCGAGCGGAUGCGAAGCGGCGCGUCCCUGGCUAUUGUCGGACCGCCCAACGCGGGGAAGAGCAGCCUGCUGAACCUGCUGGCGCGACGCAAAGCCGCGAUCGUGUCCUCCAUUCCCGGCACCACGCGCGAUGUGAUCGAGGUGUCGCUGGAUCUGGCCGGCUACCCGCUCACCAUCGCCGACACAGCCGGCAUUCGCCACUCGGAAGACGAGAUCGAGAAAGAAGGCGUCGCACUGGCCAGAGAAAGGUUUGCAAGUUCCGACAUCAAGAUAUGCCUGUUUGAUGGGACAACGUAUCCGUCGUUGGAGCCCGAUCUUCUGUCGCUCGUCGACACCAGCACGCUCGUCGUGCUCAACAAGAAGGACCUGCUGACCUCCGCACCUGCGUCCGUGCGCUUGGCUGAUGGAACGCAACGCCGUGUGAUCACCAUCAGCUGCAAGAACUACGAGGGGCUGGAGGACCUCACCAAGGCCCUCGAGUCGCAGGUCAAGUCAUUUUUCGAGAGUGGGGCUGCGCCGGAUGGCGCGGUUGUCACGCGUGCCCGACACAGGGAGCACCUCGAGCGGUACUUGGACAUGGCGGAGGAGGCCAGCGCGUCGCGAGAAGCGCGGAUGUCGAUCGACAUGGCCGCGGAGGAGCUGCGGCGUGGCCUCGCAGAGCUGGGCCGCAUCACUGGCCGCGUCGACCUCGACGAGAUCCUUGACGUCAUCUUCAGCGACUUCUGCAUCGGCAAAUAA